AUCACGGAAGAGUGGUCCGACCGGCCACGCAAAAAGGACCGCCCGUGGGAUCCGUCACGGGCACAAGCUACCCACCUGCCACGCAAAUUAACAACCUCCUCCACACUCCUCUGCCGCCGGACCUUCCAACAACUCUCAAGGACGACCUCAUCUUAAUGGCCGCCUACGGGCAACGUCGAUCGCCACCACCGCCUGCGGCGCCCUAUUUGAUCAGAAUGGGGCAGGAGGCGGUCAUCAGGGGCAUCUACCAAAGCAUCAGCUUCGCUAUGUACUGGGGCAAGCACGAUUUCGAGCUGGCCGAACCCGCUCACUGGCACUGCCCCAUCGGCGAGGCCUCCCUAGCUCGCCGCAUCAUGGUUAACGACCUCUCAAACAUCACCGAGGACCACAACGACCACGGAGAUCUACGACGAGAUCAAACCAAAGCCCACGGUGCGCCUCUAGCAGCAGGCGCUGAAGAGCCCGAAUACGCAUUACCGCGAGGACAUCAAGCGGCGCGUUGCGAGUGGCAAGUACCUCGGGCUGUGCCCAGAAGACUUUCCAGAGUUUUACUGCGACUAGUACCCGCAGGAGGCAGAAGAUUUGAGGCCUACAUCGACGACGUUAAGCGAAUUUGCGCACGGCUUGGGUUUGGUCGAACCUCGAUGGAAAGAAUCUCCAUACGACCGCUGGGAAAUCGAGGCAAACGCCGCGGGGUGGUAGCUCUCCAUGUGCUUACCGGACGAAUUGCGUGAUAAAGCAGAGAAGGAGCCAGAUGGGUGCCUGUAACUGUAUG